GUGUAUAAGAGACAGGAGAGAGAGAGAGAGAGAGAGAGAGAAUUCUUUGAGUAGCGACAAGGGCGUUGACGGUUGCGUUGCUAAAAGGCCUUCGCCCGGCGAGGUGGCAUUCGGAGAUAGAUGAGUAUGAGUUAACCGUUGGAGUUCUGUAUUUGUUGUUGAGUUAUAUGGACACGAUCCAGGCAUGGUGCGCUUGGUUCGUUGGGUGGUUCACGGCUGCACUGCGCUGGGUGAGACUUUGUGGCUCUUCUGCGUUCGAACCCUUCGCCUUCCGCGGUCAUUAACUGCCGGCCACGUCAACAUUUCUUGAGAAUUCCUCUUCCCUCCCCUCCCUUACUCCGCCUCCCUUCUCCUCCUCCUUUCUGCUCCUCCCUUCUCUCUCUCUCUCUCUCUCUCUCUCUCUCUCUCUCUCUCUCUCUCUCUCUCUCUGCCUCUUUUUGGGUUGGAUGUUCUGAAUUCUUUUCCCUUGCAUGUCACACGUGGUUCUACCUCUAGCUUGUUAUAUGUUUAUAUCUCUUUUGUGAUGGUUUAUUAUUGAAAAUCCACGUCCUCCCCUCCCCUUCUACCUCAAGUAGUCUCUAAAUCCACGUCCUCCCCUCCCCUUCUACCUCAAGUAGUCUCUAUAUGCCUCCUCGUCUCCCUCCCCUCUACAAUAGCUUCGUAGCUUUAUCUCAUUGGCUGUGUAAACGGCAUGGCAGUGGGAGUUUGACCAUACUCAGACUCGGACUUCCUGAACGUAUCUGACCGAAUUUAUAGCCUGAUUCAUCCGAGAAGGUCCUUAGGGCCUCGCUCCUCUACUCACGGCAUGCACAACAGACAAAAUAUGGCGGUGUACGUGUCCCAUUUUGCACAGUUGGUGAGUGGUGGAGCGAGGCCCUUAGCUCGGUAUGGACUUGUAGUCUUACUUCAUCGAGGGCACGGCGACCAUACGCAGACUCGGACGGACUUUCUGAGUGUAUGUGACCUAAAUCGGCGGCCCGAUUCAUUGGAAAUGGUUCUUGUGGAAGCACGCCCCCUCAUCUAGGGACGGAUAACAGUUGUGGUAGGCGAAGAAAAGGCCCGCAACCUCUGCGUUCUCUCUCUUUUUUUUUUUUUUUUUUUAAUAGAAAAACCUCAGCGCCCCUUCUAUUCGGGGAGGCGUCAGUCCGGUUGCUUUUCACAGGCAAGCAUGCUAUACACAAGGUGUCGAACACAGAAGAAGGUAAGGCCGAGUUCGCCGUUUAUGAGUUGGAGGAAGUGCAGAAAUCUUGGGUAAAACCAGUUAGGAUAAUAGAGCCAAGGUCAACACAAAAUCUCAAUACUCUCAAAAGAGUGCGAUCAUGCACACCCAAGAUCCGCCAUAAACAGAACCCAUGCAUCCAACCAGAUCCAAAGCCUAGGGUGCAGCGUGGCAUCUAUCGCUCUAUGGGAGGGCCUUAGCUAUUAAUGUAGCUUUGUUCUCGCUCAUUUGGUUUAUGGGGGCAGUCAGAGAGUUGGCGUCUGUAGUGGUGAGACAGAUCAGGCGACUGGCCACGAAGUUCCUGUGGAAACCACGAGCUGCAGCAGAAGAGGGGUUCAUGGUUAAGGUCGCAUGGGAUCUGAUUACAUUCCCCAAGGAGCUGGGAGGCCUGGGUCUGAUGGACCUCCAGCGGAAGAAUCAAGCACAACUAAGGAAAUGGCUAGCAGAAGUAGCGAUGGCGGAAGAAAAGGACUGGAUCCUACUGGCGGAGAAAAUACGAAUGCGGGAAUGGCAAUUGUGCAGAGCAGAGGAUGUUUGGCUGUGUUUUUUUGUGAAUUCGUUUGCAAAGAAGAGGCUGUGUUCGGAGUUCUGGGAUGCGGUACGGAGGGCCUGGCUCCAACAUCCGCCAGAAGUACCGACUUCCCCAUUGACAAGAGAGGAAGUCCUCCGACAGGGCUUGUUUGAAAAUCAGUUCAUUCGGGAGGAGAAUGGAUCCCUCCUAUUAGCAGAUUCCUCACCAGGCUCAUUUGGGAAGGCAUGGAUCCGGAGGGGUGUGACCAGAAUCGCAGAUCUCUGGUCAGAACUGCUGGGUACUUGGAAACCCUUCAGCCAGGUCCACCUGGCCGCAGUGUCCCUUCCGACAGACAUCAAACGCAGGGUGAUCCGGCGGUAUGAGAAUGGAUGGAUUGGCAUGCCGAUGCUGGGAGACGAGCCGAAAAGGGGAUUUUUUAGAAAUGAGGGUAAGAAUCUCUUAUCGUACGUUGCAUGCAAUAGGGAAGUUGCUCAAUGGAUGCUUAGAAUGGAAAGUGAUGGAGUGGAACUGGAUGGAAAUCAGUAUGAUGUGUACUUUAAGCCCUGGAUAUCGGAACGGGAAAUCCAGGAAUGGAGGGAAAAGUUAAAGAUUGAUUCAUUCUGGGUUCGGUGCCUGCGGAUUCCCAUCGCUGUGUUACCAGUUCUCAAGGAUGCGGUUGAAUUAGCCUUUGGUAAAGUAAUCAAGGAAAGUUCAGUAACAAAGAAACCAGAGGAGCCAGAAUUGGCCAGCGUCAGGUUCAACCUGGAACCUGGAUCCAAGGAUCGAUACGCCAGAUACCUUUCUAUCGACCUCCCGAACAAUGGAGGAAUGGUAGAAAUCGAGGUUGCAGCCCCAGACACCCCUUGGUGUCCGGAAUGCAAAGGAUUCUUUCACAACGAGUAUGAUGAGGAAUGCCCGGCACGGAACUGCGUGGAUAUGGACACAAUGGGCGUUCACAAGUAUGGAGAGCCCAGACCCCACCGGCCACCCCACCAUCUCCACCCCCACCCCCUCCUCCUCCUCCCCCCCCUCCCGCUGGUGGAGAUCGUCCCGGAGCCAGUGGUGGACAAGGCAAUCCAAACCAGCAGGGAAGGACGAGCAGGAUAACGGGUGGGAAUGAGGGUGGGGAGAGGAGAGGGAACCCCGGGCCAACGCCUUCCACAUCAAGACACACUUGGUGGGGCAAGGAGGGGUACCAGGGGCUCCUUCUCACCAUCUUCUUUUUCAGGCUGCAAUAAGCAUCAAGAAGAAGAAGUGGAAAGAACCUAUGACACAUCACACUGGAUGAGCGGACAGGAAAAAAGACUGACUGGACCCUCGGAUCUGGACUCAGAAGCCUCGGAGUGGAAUCACAGCAGAAAUUCCCUGGAUCCAAAGCAUAGCAACCUGAGCCUGUAUCCUUCCUCUCACUUUAAUGCAAUCUUUUCG